UAAUCACGUCGACCGCGACCUUGAUGGUCCGCAAGUGGUAAGGUAGCAGGAGAGACGAUACGGUUACGGUGGUAACCUGGUAGCUAUGGGCGAAGUUUCGGAACGCAGCCUGCAAGUGGCCGUGGUGAUAGCUUUUGCCUCGGGAGUGCUGGUCGGCUGGCAGGCAAACAGGAUCAGGAGGAGGUACCUGGACUGGAAGAAGAAAAGACUGCAGGACAAGCUGGUGGAGACCCAGAAGAAGCUGGACCUGUCAUGAGGUCAUUUCUCAGUGGAGACCCCGACCAGCUGCUGUGCCUCUACUGAAAAGUAACACUUGGCUAAAGUUGGAAGACCAAGCAAUGAACUGGACAUGCAGUGAAGAGGAACAUGAUCAAUUUUGUAUAGAAGAUUGUUUACACGUGUCUAUAAUAAAGGACAUUUUAUUUUGAUGCA